AUAAAAAUAAAAAUAAAGCCUGACGCAAACAAGCUUCGGCGACCGACCGACUUCCGCCUCCUGAGCGGAAACCUUCCCUCCUCGCUGGCGUCGAGAUGAAGUCGCUUCCGGGGCCAGCAUUUGCCAGCAGUUAACAUGGCGGAGGAGCUGCUGGAAACAGUGGACAGACUCCAGUCCCGGCUCAUGGAGAGCCCGGAGCCCCGAAAGCUCCUCAAGACGCUUAAAAGACUGGACGAGGUUCCGAUGACCGUCGAAAUCCUGGUGGAAACCGGAGUGGGAAAAACUGUGAACUCUUUUCGCAAACAUGAAGUAGCCGCCGAGGUGGCCAGAAACCUGGUGGCCAAGUGGAAGAAGCUCGUCCCGCAGUCCGCCGACAAUCGAAGCGGCAACAGUCUCGUCAAAGAGGCACCGCGGUCGCAUUCUCGAGGCGCCGAGGCGGCCGUCCGUCGACGCCGGCGCCAACCGUCCCCUGAGGAAGAGGAGCCUUCGUACGGCCAAGACGACGAAGAAGAAGAAGAAGAAGAAAGGGGGGAGGAGGAAGAAGAGGAGCGAGGCUAUCGGACCGACGGCUCCCCCUCGCCGCCCCUGCACCGGCGGUACAGCCCCCCGCGGUCGGACAGGUUCGACAGCCCCGAGCCCGAGCCCGAGCCCAGCCCUCCUCCUCCCCGUCUGCCGGCGGUUCCCCGCAAAGACUCCAAACACGGGAAGCUCGACAGAGCCGACAAGAACCGCCGCCGUCACGCCGACCUCCCGCCCUCCAGCCGCGCCGACGGCAAGAAGCGGAGCGCCGACAGAGAGCGCGGCCCCGCCGCGAAGUCCGCCAAGCGCGACAGGAAGUCGGACGGGAGCAAGCGGGAGGAGGCCAGGAAAGAAGAGGAAGGGCGACCGCAAGAGCAGAAGGACUGGCCCGGUAGCGAGGAGGACCGCGAGGAGGAUUUUGAGACGCCCACCAUGUCCUUCGAGUCCUUCCUGACGUACGACGCGCCCACGUCUUCCGUCAAGAAGAAGAAGAAGAAGAACGCGGCGGCACCCUCGUCCUCGUGCAGUCGCCCUUCUCGCCCGUCCGCCACCACCACCACCCCGACGACGACGACGACGACGACUUCCCGUCGCGCCGCUCGGACCGACGCGUCCUCCAAAGCCAACGGUGCUCAGAGCGCAAAGAGUUCUCGCUCGGGGUCGGCUGCGGCGGCGCCGGAAAGACGCAAGAGGGCGACCGAGGCCGUCGCGUCCCUUCCCGAAAUGCGGCUGCCGGCCAUCCAGCCCGAUUACCGCCCGCUGCCCUCCAUCGACGUCACGCCGCUGUCGCCGCAGAGGCGGAAAGGUCCCGUCUUCAGCGACGAAGACGACGCCGGCUUCACGGGCAAGCGCUUCAACUCCAAGAUGGUGGUCUACUCGGGGUCCAAGACCGCCUACCUGCCGCGGAUGAUGACCCUGUACGAGCAGUGCAUCCGCGUGCUGCAGAACAACAUCGACUCCAUCGACGAGGUGGGGGGCGUCCCCUUCGAGAUCCUGGAGCCCGUCCUGGAGCGCUGCACGCCGGAGCAGCUCUACCGCAUCGAGCAGAGCAACCAGUGGUUCACGGAAGACUCUGACGAGCUGUGGAUGCGCCACUGUCAGCGCGACUUCAAGCGCGAGACGCCGCAGGAGUACGAGUCCUGGCGGGAGAUGUACCUGCGGCUGCACGACGAGCGGGAGGCGCGCCUGCGCAGGCUCACGCAGAACAUCAGCAUGGCGCACGCCAACAAACCCAAAGAGCGCCAAGUCAAGAUGGCCUUCGUCAACUCGGUGGCCAAACCGCCUCGAGACGUCCGCCGCCGCCAAGAAAAGUUUGGGACCACCAACGGCUCGUCGGCCGCCGCCGCCGCCGCCGCCACGCCCGUCAAAAUAAGACCGGCCACCGUCGACUACUCGGGCGAGUCCGGCCACCCGUCGCUGUCGUCGUCGCCGCUCGACCCCUCGCCCGGGUCGUCGCGGUCCUCGGCGGCCGUCGCGGGAGGACACGCGUGGCGAGACAAGCCCCAAGUCAAGAAAAUCGCCCCCAUGAUGGCCAAAACCAUCAAAGCCUUCAAGAACAGAUUCUCCCGCCGAUAAAUGCUUUGGGUGGAAGCCUUUGACCAGAGGCGGCGGGCGUCCUGGAAACGCAUUUCCGACUGAACUGAACUGAACCGAACUGAACUGAACCGGACUCUGAGCGAUCGGUGGGAAAAGCUUUUGAUUUUCUUUUGGGCUCUAGAAGUGGGCGGGGGGCCCCAAAAAGAUAUUCAAAUGACACUUGUGUAAGUGAGUGAGGAAACCAUUUUUUAGGAAUCAAUUGCACAAACCUCCACCCGGCGCAAGAAUAAUUGGAGCGCACCCUCUCUAGAAAUUGUAUGCUUAGAAGAGGCUAAGGUGCGCUCCAUUUGCUCACCCUGACGUCGCAGAUCUUGAUAGGAAUCAUGUCAAAGCCGCCAAUUGAUGAGUGCCGUAUCAUACGUGGAGCUCUGUCAACACUAAGAAGAUGUUUUUAAAAUUUUUAUCAGUCCAGCUGAAUUGACUUUGGGUCUCAACGUGAGGCUUGCGUGCUUGAAAUCAGGUGAGCGCUCCACGGUAAGAGACUUUGUCAGGAGGGAAGGGCACCGGCGACGCGGGACCGAUGACCGACCGAUCCCCUCUUGCGCCGCUUCACUCUCGACCAACCGCGAGCUUGAUUUUAGAAAAUGUAUUUAUGACGUGACUAACACAAAGACCGGACGCCGCUGCUCAUCUUUGGCGCGCAAAAAGGAAUGAGUUGGAAACCUGUAUUUUGGUUAGAUUUUAAUAAAUGUUAUAUGGUC